AUGACAGCCUCACCCCUCCAAGACAGCUUCUUCGAGUACGACUUCGCCCCGCAGCCACCACCAGGCUGCCUCGAAGACGAUGUCCCCCGAGCAUGGAGCCUGCGACAUCCAGCAGGAAGCAAGAACCGCACAAUCAUGCCCCUCACAACCUUCAACCCAGCAACCCGACCUCCUCUUUCCUCCUCCUCAUCCUCCUUCGAUCCAAAACCCUACUACACAAUGGCAACCGCGAAAACACCCCGUCUCCGAUGGACGCGACGCAGCGACAAAAAGAGCAAGGAAGACACACCUGAAAUGACCAUCGCCAAAACCUCUCCCACCCCAAAACAAUCCAGCAGCCUCAUCGCCUCAGUCCAGCUCAACCCACUCCGCACAAGCUGCACCCUCACCUCCCCUUCAGGCUCAAUCCUGCAAUCGAUCCAUCACGACCGAGAGCCUCGCUCGCGCUACCACUGCGUCCUCGGCAAAGAACGGAAUCUGAAGAGGAUGUACUGGCAGACUCUGGGCCCCUCGCAGACGGUGCUGGAAUUGAUUGAUCCGGAGCAAGAGGAGGGAAAGGAGAAAAGGAUAGCGCUGUUUGUUUAUACGAGCGAUCCGGCGCAGCAGAUGGAUCCGGAAAGUGGGCGACGGAGACCCUCGGCGCCGGAUGAGUUUGGGGCCUUGUUUGCGACGACGGAUCUGAAGGGGGGUGAGGCUGGGACAGGAGAGGGGAUGGGAAUUGAGGGGCUGGUUUGCUCGGCGCUUUUGGUCACGGAAAUGAGGAGGACGAGGAAGGCUUGA